CAAGAUGGCGGCUUCCUGUGACAGGUAUUCUCUAUUGCUCUUGCAGGGUAAUAGGAUUAUGUGUGAAUAAAAUCAAAGACACAGCUAUUUGAAAUCCUCAUUUUGCCGUUCGAGUGAUUUGAAUACUUAAAUCGCUUUACAGUCUUUGUGAGUUAUUCCUCACUAUGUCUAAAAUCCUUCCUUCCAAAAAACUAACGUUACUGUUGUGGUACCAGAGUACCCCGAUGAAUCAUCGUUUUAUCUAUAGUAAAGGUUUGUUGCUGAUUCUGCUGUUGUGUCUGAGCGCGGCUCAGGCUGUGGAUCGCAGCAACUUUAAAACAUGCGACCAGAGCAGCUUCUGCAAGCGUCAGAGGGAGCUGAAGCCUGGUCUGUCUCCGUACAGAGCUCUGCUGGACACACUGGAGCUGAGCGACUCCAGAAUCACCCUGCAACUCAUCAAUGACAACAACAAGGUUCGCUUGUUGCUUGAGCUGUACAGACUGCAGGGGAACAUGACUCGGGUGAAGAUUAAUGAACUCAAACCACUAAAGCCCCGUUACGAGGUUCCAGAUGUGCUCAUCUCUGAUCCUCUUACUGAACCGCUGUCAGUGGUGUCUCAGGAUGAGAAUAGUCUGGUGUUGUGUCUGGGUGGGAAAGAGCGGCGGCUCAUCGUAAGUGCUCAGCCGUUUCGCCUGGACAUCGUUGAGGGUCCUCAAGUGCUCGUGUCACUCAACUCCCGGGGCCUGCUGGCCUUCGAGCACCUACGAGCACGCAAGGACACUAUCUCUCAUAAAAUAAGUAGCACAGUUGGUAGCAUGUGGGACUCGCUCAAGAGCAUUUUCUCUAGUAAAAGUGAGUCGGAAGAAAUGACAGGACAGGAGAGUGUGGAGGAGCAAUCUGAGGAUGGACCGAUCAAAGAAGAAGAGGAUAAACCGGGCAUGUGGGAGGAAACGUUUAAAUCUCAUAGUGAUUCAAAGCCCAAUGGUCCAUCAUCUAUUAGUUUAGAUUUUUCUCUGCCUGGUGUGGAACACGUCUAUGGCAUUCCCGAACACGCCGACACGCUCAAACUGAAAAACACAGAUGGGUCAGACCCGUAUCGGCUGUACAACUUGGAUGUUUUUCAGUAUGAGCUACACAACCCAAUGGCCCUUUACGGGGCAGUUCCCGUCCUCAUAUCUCAUAGUACUGAGCGCACCAUGGGCAUCUUCUGGCUCAAUGCAGCAGAGACAUGGGUGGACAUCAGCUCCAACACUGCAGGAAAGACGCUGUUUGGAAAAAUGCUGGACUUCGUACAAGUUUCUAGUGAAGCUCCUCAGACGGAUGUACGCUGGAUAUCUGAGAGUGGUAUCAUCGAUGUCUUUAUCAUGUUGGGACCAAAACCUACCGAUGUCUUCACUCAGUACGCCUCACUCACAGGGACUCAGUCAUUUCCUCCUCUCUCAGCGCUGGCGUACCAUCAGUGCCGCUGGAACUAUAAUGAUCAGGAGGACGUGAAGGCUGUUGAUCAGGGCUUCGAUGAGCACGACAUCCCGUAUGACUUUAUUUGGCUGGACAUUGAGCAUGCAGAUGGAAAGCGCUACUUCACCUGGGACCCCAGCAAGUUCCCCCAACCUAAAGACAUGCUGCAGGGCUUGAUGGACAAAAAACGCAAGCUGGUGGCCAUCGUAGAUCCUCACAUUAGGGUGGACAGUGGCUACAAGAUUCACAAUGAGAUUCGCUCGAGAAGCUUUUACGUCAAGAACAAAGAUGGAGGAGACUAUGAAGGCUGGUGCUGGCCAGGGAAUUCUGGGUAUCCUGACUUCACUAACCCUGAGAUGAGAGCCUGGUGGGCCAGCAUGUUUGCCUAUGACCAAUAUGAGGGAUCCAUGGAGAACCAGUACAUCUGGAAUGACAUGAACGAGCCGUCUGUGUUUAAUGGGCCUGAGGUGACCAUGCACAAAGAUGCUCUUCAUGGUGUCUGGGAGCACAGAGAUGUUCACAACCUUUAUGGCCUCUAUGUGCAAAAGGCGACUGCAGACGGCCUGAUUCAGCGCUCGGGAGGAGUGGAGAGGCCGUUCGUUCUGACCCGAGCAUUUUUUGCCGGAUCUCAGCGUUACGGUGCGGUGUGGACAGGAGAUAACGCAGCUGAAUGGGGUCAUCUGAAGAUCUCCAUCCCGAUGUGCUUGAGCCUGGGCUUAGUGGGCAUCUCUUUCUGUGGAGCCGACGUUGGCGGUUUCUUUAAACAUCCCAGCACUGAGCUUUUGGUGCGAUGGUAUCAGGCAGGAGCUUACCAGCCGUUUUUCCGUGCUCAUGCCCACAUAGACACGCCCCGCAGAGAACCCUGGCUGUUCGGCCCGGAGAAUACUGCCCUCAUCCGAGAGGCGGUGCGCCAGCGAUACGCUCUCCUGCCCUACUGGUACCAGCUCUUCUACAACGCUCACCACACCGGACAGCCUGUUAUGAGACCUUUAUGGGUAGAGUAUCCUGACGACGUAGCCACUUUCUCAAUUGAGGAUGAGUACUUGAUUGGGAAGGAUUUACUGGUACACCCCGUUACGGAUGAGGGCGCUAGUGGUGUUACUGCCUUUCUGCCCGGGAAAGGCGAGGUCUGGUACGAUGUUCACACUUUCCAGAAGCAUGAUGGGGAUCAGAGCCUCUACAUUCCUGUCACUAUGAGCUCAAUCCCAGUUUUCCAGCGAGGAGGGUCCAUUAUCUGCAGGAAAGACCGUGUUAGGAGGUCUUCCUCCUGUAUGGAGAAUGAUCCAUACACUCUCUAUGUUGCUCUCAGUUCUCAGGGAUCUGCUGAAGGAGAGCUGUACAUCGAUGACUUCCAUACCUUCAACUUUGAAACGUCAAAGCAGUUUGUCCACAGACGUCUGUCUUUCUCUGCCAACAUGUUGUCCUCCAGAAAUCUGUCCCCGGACUCCCAGUUCUCCACCGGCUCCUGGAUAGAAAAGAUUGUGAUCAUCGGAGGCAGUCAGCCGUCCUCUGCUACUCUGAGAAAUGCAGAUGGUACCGAGUCGACGUUAGAGUUUGAGUUCGACUCUACACAUGCAGUUUUGACUCUACGCAAGCCAGCGGUCAACGCGGCGUCAGAUUGGACUGUACUUCUGCGGUAACACAAGGAUGACUCGCAAACAUCAGAAGAAAGUACGGCACUUAAUGUCACAUGACCAGACACGAGCAUUACAAAAUGAGACCAAACAGGGAACGGGAUCAUGUAGAGGGAAAUUAAGAAAUCAAAUGUUUUUUAGAUGAUAUUUGUAUGUGUUGAGAUCAAUAUGAAUGCAAACUAAUUUAGUUUGUUUGAAUGAACAGGACCAGGAUAUUAAGAGGAGUGUUUGACACUCUUAAACUGUGUGUGAUUUCAGGGUGAACUUUUUUUUCUUUUCUGUUUUAGAUAAUUAGCAAUUUAUUGUUGGGUUGAUUUAAGGAAUAACAGAGGAGGUUGAUUUACUGUUUGAACAAAUUAGUAUUUUCUUUUUUCAUCUCAGGUCGUGAAGUAUUUUGGCAUCAAAAAAUAAAUUUUAACAUCCAGAAAAGCUGUUUGCACUAAGAUUGUGUUUUCAUUUUUAGGUUUUCACUGGGCAGGUUAAAUCUGUGCAUUAGAGAAAACAAUAGCAUAAAAAAAAUUAUGAAUAGUAAAAAAUAAUAAUAUUUUUUUGAAAUGCAAAUCCACGAGUCAUCUGUACCUAGAUCUUGAAGGACAUUUUAUUAGGCUUUGUGCUGAUCGAAAAGGACAAAGUGUAUAAAUUAGGGAGGAAAUAUGACAUGUUUUUCUGAAACCGACCCUAUUGGUUGGACUAUUAAUAGAUAAUUUGAAAAAAUGAAAUGACCAAUGAAAACCAACUUUUUAGUUGGUAAUAUUUCAAACUGUAUUAAUAGAUGUUAUGUAUAUCUUUGUUUCCUAGAGCACAAAAGCCAUCAAUAACGGUCAAUAACAAACUAUUUAGUAGCAAAGUUUUGUUAAGACUGAAUAAUAGUUUGAAACAGGCCCUGUAAGUGACUGAGGCUUUUUUGCUGGUCUCUGAAACGACCUGAUUUGUUCAGGUUUGAGCAGGUUUAAGGUUUUUCUUUGUUUUUUUUGUUGAAGGAUUGAGACUGGUUUGAAUUCAAGAAAA